UUUUUAUCUCCCUUCAUCCUCAGCCUUUCCUUUAAUGUUUCUUCUUCCAGAACUCUAUCACAUACUUCUGUGUCCUUGAUUUUGCUUAUGCUUGAAAAAGUAGGGACACGAUAAUUUUAAAACCAAAGUGGUUUAUACCAUUGCCUUUUUUUUUUAAAGCAGCUUCCAGAAGGUUUUAAGGAGUCUAGAAAAUUGUCUUCCUAGACUCACCCAAGACUAGCCACUUUAGAAAAUGUACUCUCCUCCCCACAACCCGCCCCCACAUAGGCAGGGUUUGUCUUUUGUGCAAACCUGCUUCUUGGGAAGGGAGGUGGCAAAACCUGUUUGAAGGUGAGGUUACCUCCCUUCCACCCCUCCUUCCUCCUUGGAGGAAAGAGCAACGACAGCUGAGACAGAAAAAGGGGGUACAGAAGUGUUGGGGAGCUGGGGCAUCCGGCUCCCCGACAACUGCAAGUGUUUCAAGGUGACAGGGAGACUUGUGAAGAUGGGAACUGUACAAGAAGCCGGAGAAAAGACGGUGGAUCUUGGCAUCAAGGAGAAUGCAGAAACAGCAAUACCAGGAGCAUCCUUGAGACUUGGAGAACUGGAGCUGAAGGAAGAAUGGCAAGAUGAAGAAUUCCCUAGAUUGCUUCCUGAAGAGAUUGGCCCUUCUGAGGAUCCUCAUGAUCCUGAAAGAGACACACAGGCAGGCACCCCCAGCACUUUAGCCCUGUGUGGCCGGCGCCCCAUGCGCAAGCGUCUUUCUGCCCCGGAGUUGCGACUGACUCUGACUAAGGGGCCUGGAGAUAAUGGAGCGUCUCCCACCCACUCUGGACCUUCCUCUUCUGAUGGCAGUUCUGACCUGGAGGUAGACGAGUUGGAAACACCUUCAGACUCGGAGCUGCUGGACAGUGGACAUGAAUUUGAAUGGGAAGAUGAGCUGCCCCGGGCAGAGGGCCUAGGGGCCAGUGAGGCAGCUGAAAGGCUGGGCCACGGUUGUAUGUGGGAUGUGGCUGGAGAAGAUGGUCAUCGCUGGAGGGUGUUCCGAACAGGACAGCGGGAGCAGCGAGUGGACAUGACUGUCAUUGAGCCCUAUAAGAAAGUCCUAUCUCAUGGAGGCUACCAUGGUGAUGGCCUCAAUGCUGUUAUCCUCUUUGCUUCCUGUUACCUACCCAGAAGCAGCAUCCCCAACUACACCUAUGUCAUGGAACACUUGUUCAGGUACAUAGUGGGAACCCUGGAGCUGCUGGUAGCUGAAAAUUAUCUGCUGGUUCACCUGAGUGGAGGCACAAGUAGGGCGCAGGUUCCACCUCUGAGCUGGAUACGCCAAUGUUAUCACACUCUGGAUCGGCGGCUCCGGAAAAACCUGCGUGCUCUGGUGGUUGUCCACGCUACAUGGUACAUGAAGGCAUUCCUGGCAUUGCUUCGGCCCUUCAUCAGUUCCAAGUUCACACGAAAGAUCCGUUUUCUGAACAGCCUUGGAGAGCUGGCUCAACUCAUCUCCAUGGAUCAGGUCCACAUCCCAGAAGCUGUCAGACAGCUGGACCAUGAUCUCCAUGGCUCAGGAAGAACCUAGCAUAGGACUGGAAAAAUGGGCUUAAGAACCAAUCAAAGAUACGGAUCUGCCUACACCCUAAACUUGAGCUGUUUUGUAAAUCAUCUUAUCUUCAACCCCAGUACCACUGGAUCUUCACAUCUCUGUGGGAUGUCUUUCCUUCCAUGCCCCCGACUUCAAAGCAGGGCCCUGAUGUGCUGGGUAACUUUCGUUUCAGCUGGAGGGCUGCAUGUCCUGGCAUUUUUUUUAUAGGAAAGUGCAAAGCUGUGCUGCUUUAGCUGUAGAACCUUGGGCAAAUCACUUCAUCCCUUUUGAGUCCGUGAUCCUUUUCACCUGGGGUAUUCCCGCAGUCUGUAGA